AUGGCAUCUGCAAGCAAUGGAACCAGCACUAAUGGUCACACGGACGCUGGUCCAAGCAGGAAAGCGGCCUCUUCUUCAUCAGGCGAAAGAGCUAGCGCCAGUUCCUUGCUAGACAACGGCGCUUUCACCGCUUUCCAAGCAACUCAGCAAGAGCAUGACGCCUCCAUUGUUGCGCACAUCUAUCAGUCAGGCUUUCAACAAGGCAACUAUGCCGAUAUCCAACUUAUUGUCCUGAACCGAUCGUACCGUCUCCACUGCCUAAUCUUGUCACGUUCACCAUACCUCGACCACUUGAUACGAUCAACACCAACCAAGCAGAUUUACAUACCACUCGAACAAUUUCCUCAUAUUACUGAAGAGGCUUUUGCGAUAGCCCUCGGAUACCUGUAUGCCAGUGCUUCUAUGAACCUUGUAACUCCUGCCAACGCGCGGUCUGUCCUUGCAACGGCUUGUCUUCUGGGCGGCAUGGAGGAGCUGUGCGCACACGCUUACGAACUGUGCAAAACCACGAUUACCCUUGAAAAUGCACACAAUUGGGUCGAGUUUCUGUCGACCAUACCGUUCUCUUCUGCGCCCUCUUCUCCAAGAUCAGCAUCUCCCCUUCCAACGCCAAACGAGAACGGUAUCCCCCACAAUCACCACUUCCAGAAUGGGUACACACAAUGGUCGGGAUAUACCCAGCAUCCGCCUGCACCUCCCCCAUCGGCGAUAUUUGGACCCUAUGCAGAACGUCUACGGGGAGAUGUGUUCCACUUCCUCGUUGUUGCACUUCCAGGGCAGUUGGCAGCUGCUGGGUCGAACGUGUCGGAAGUUUUGGUAAAUGUCUACUCACAACUUCCUUUCGAGUAUUUCAAGGCAGCUAUAGAAUCCCCUGAAUUUCCUAUUGGUAAUGACCACCAACGUUUCCAGUUCGCCAAGGCUGCGUUGGCGAUCCGGAAACAAGGCAUUGCGCGUGAUGCGGAAGAAUCUGUUGUGUUGGCGUUCGGAGGACGAGAUCAAGGGCAGAGUAAUGUCCACAUCACUCGGAGGAUGGCUAAGCGACGCCUCUUCAAGGUUGGCCAAUAG